GAGACAUGGUCUCUUCUGCUAUCCCACCUCAAGGCGACAACGGCUACGAUCAAACAGCGCUUCGAUGAACGGGCCCGUAUCGAAAAGGAGAUAUCCGCUCGCACUGAUGAUUGGUGCAUCGACAUCUUCUUGCAGAUGUACAGGCGACUGGAGCAUCUCACUUCGGAACUAGAGAUGCAGCUGGCUAUUACUCAGAACCUGGGCCAUGGUCAGAUUCAAGCACCGUCGGCCUUGUCGGCAUUCGCCCUCGUCCCCUGGCAGAUGGAAGAGCGUUACCGCGCCCUGAUUCAGCUUCAGUCUUGUUUAGGGUCGUUUUUCGAGCGCGCCAGUCCCGCGUACGACCAAUCUCAGACUGUGUGGUGGUUUGACCCUUCUUACCACCAGUCAGAUGGCCUCAAUUAUGACCGCUACGGAGCGCCCGACGUACGAGAAUCUGAGGCGCGAACUCUCCGGGCUCUGGGGCUGGGCAAUGAAAAGCUGCCGCUCAAGCUAUUGUUGACAUCCAGCGGCGUUGCGGCUUUCACAGUGCUGCAACAAUUCUUGAUGAGCAAGGUUCUUACGGCGGGCGAUACAAUUGUCACCUCUCCGUAUCUGUAUUUCGAGUGUUUUGAACACUUGCGGCUGGUUUCGCAUGUGAAAGUUGUCAGCUCAAACACAUUUGAGGCCGAGGACAUUAUCGCGACGGCGGAAAAGCACAACGCCAAAGUCGUCUACCUCGACCCCAUGGCCAACACAAUCGGUUUGGAGACUACUGACAUACGGCGAUUUGCGCAGAUCUUGUCAGGUAGAGAAGGUUGGGAGGACCGGUUUCUAGUCAUCGACGGGACACUGAUAUCGGGUGGAAUGCCGUUGUACGACUGGUUUGAUAAGCCCGGCCACCCAAAGGUCCUCUACUAUGAGAGUGCCCACAAGUACAUCCAGAUGGGUAUGGACAUUGUUAUGUGUGGAUUCCUCGUCUACCCAGAUAUUUUCCAUGAGACCCUCGGCCUCAUCCGCCAGGUCACUGGAACGACGCUAUAUUCACGUCAGGCGAAUGUCUUGCCACCCAUCAACUAUGAUAUUCAUCAGUCGCGAAUGCACUCGUUGACGACCAACGCGGAGAAGCUCUAUCAUCUUUUGGACAAGAAGAGUUCGACCAUUGCCGAGUUCAACUUUCCGACCCAUUGGCGCAAGAUGGGCUGGGGCCAUGGGGGAAACGUGGUCACCAUCAGGCUCUUUGGGGAUAAGAUGAAUAAACGGCCAAGUUUGGAUACAUUUACGAGCGUGGUCCUGAGAGCUGCAGAGGAGGAGGGCAUUGCAAUGACAAAGGGCGGUGGCUUGGGCUUCUCUGUUACUCGCAUUUGGCCAUCGACCCCGUUCAUCCGGAACGAGGACCCAUAUAUGCGGAUUUCGGUUGGAGUCGAUCCCAAUGAGGUCGAGCCUGUGGCCAGGGCAAUCUGUAAAGGGCUAGAGAGACACUACCGCGCUUCCAGAUCCGUACUGGCACAAUGGAAGCUCAAGGAGAAUGGGAUCAUUAGAGCAAACAGUACUUAUUAGAUGCUAAUAGAUAGAC